CAAUUAAUUAUUAAAACACUUGCUAAAGCCUUGUGAAUAUUUUUUAUUCGUGCCAAUACAGGUAACUUCAACUAACAAUAGUAAUUAUGGACAGCAAAACAGUGUGCCGACCGGUUUCAGCAAUGUACCAUCUCUCAGCAUUAUACGCCCAGGAUGAUAAUCCUUCUAAAGUUGAUCUUUUAAUUGGUUAUUACAAAACAGAACAGAGUGAUAUCUAUGCGUUGCCUGUGGUACAAAGAGUAGAAACCUUAGUGACGCAACAGAUCAAGAACCAUAAAUAUUUACCACUUUUGGGGUCAGAACAUUUUGUUAGAGACGCUUGUCAAUUAUUGUAUGGUCAGGACGUCAAAGAAAGAUUGAACAAUGGAACAGUGUUUGGCGUUCAAACCAUCGGUUGUACUGGAGGUAUGAGAGUCGGCGCCGACCUCUUAGUUUCCCAUAUGAACUGUACCACUUUUUACGUUUCAGACCCAACCUGGGAAAACCACAGAUUAAUAUUUUUAAGCAGUGGUUUUUUGAAAGCGAAAACCUACCGUUAUUGGAAUGAAGCAAACAAAUGUCUAGAUUUUGAAGGGCUCUGUGAAGAUCUGUCAGACGCUCCUAGCAAAUCAGUGAUCGUACUUCAAGCAUGCGGUCAUAAUCCCACGAGUCUAGAUCCUUCGAAAAAGCAAUGGGAACGAAUAGCUGAUAUAAUACAGCAACGCCAUCUGAUACCGUUCUUCGACAUAGCCUACCAAGGUUUCGCAACAGGAAAUACUGACAAAGACGCUUGGGUUAUCCGGUACUUCGUUAGUCGAGGAAUUGAGUUACUCUGUGCUCAGUCCUUUUCUAAAAACUUUGGAUUGUACAACGAAAGAGUGGGCAACUUGAGUUUUUCGUUGAACUCUUCUGAUUACACGGCGGCCUACAAAUCUCAAAUUGAAUUAAGUAUACGAUCUUCCUAUUCAAGUGCACCUAAUCACGGAGCUCUAACCGUCCAUACGAUAAUGAAUGACAACGGACUGCGCGAAGAAUGGUUACUUACUCUGAAGAACAUGUACGACCGCGUUAAUGGAUUAAGACACACCUUAAGGGAAUUGUUAGAGAAAUCUGAUGCACCGGGUUCUUGGAGUCACAUUACCGACGGAAAGGGAAUGUUCAGUUACUUGGGUAUAACAGAAAAUCAAGUAGAACACUUGCGGACUAAGUUUCACGUUUACGUUUCAUUAACGGGUCGCAUAAACUUGUGCAGUUUGAAUGACAACAACAUCGGUUAUGUGGCCAAAUCAAUUGCUUCUACGUUGAAAGAGGUCCAGUGAUAUUUUACAUUUCAUUUUAUUGCAAUGAAUGUGGUUCAACAUCGUUUGAAACAAGCGGAUAAGUUAGAAGUCUGAUUCGAAAAUAUCUUAUACCUAUAAUCUACAAUGUUAUUUUCACGAACAUAAAUUAAAUAUACUAUUUUUACUAAAACCA